AAGAUUUCAUGGGAAUGUUGUACAAACAUUGCCUUGCUGAGAUGCGUAGCUAAGCAUGUUUAGAAUUAUUUGGAAAAGAAUGUACAUUGGUCUGACAGCAUUUGUAAACAGCAAAAGUUGGUUCGCUGUCAUUAACCCCAAAACUGAAAAGUUGCAGAGGUAACUCAUGUUGACUAAGGGAAUAUUUAAAACUCAUCAUGAGUUUUUUCAUAAUUAUGAGGAGCCUUGAGAUAUUCAGAACUCAACCGGACAAGGCCCUGAGCAACCUGAUCUAAGCUGACAGCGCUUUGGGUGGAGGAGUUAGAACAGAUGGUUUCCAGAGAUCCCUUUUAGCCUGUGAUUCAAAUUAAGAGAAUGGAUAAGUUCAGUGCUUGUAAGAGUAAAAUAACGUGUACAGAAGGGGAAAAAGCCCACUACAAUGUUGUUGCAACAACUAGUCAAGAACUUGAAAGAAUCCUUUUGGAUAAUUCUCUAAAAGAAUAGAUCAGUCGUGGUCGAGAAGGCAAACUGAAUACUGUGUGUUUCUAAUAAAAGAGCUGACAACAAAGCAGAGAUCAGAUAUGCCUCUAGCCAGCUAAGACAGUAAGUGCUGUGGUUAUUUGGGUGCAAGACCGGUUGCUCCAGCUCUUCCAAACUACCUACCUAACAAAGACUACCCACAAGAUUAGUCUUUGUGGUGAGGCAGUAGUGCCCGUUUUUCUCAUGAGUUGUCUUCAUGGUGGAAGUCUUUUUAUACAUGCCCCUCUUUGAAGGGCACCCACCUGAGAUGCAAGCAUUUAGUUCUCUUGCCACUCUUAAGCUGAAAGCCAAUUUACACUUGCCAGCUGGGAAGCAGACACAUGGGUUGACUUCAAGCACCUGUGCUUACUUGUUAUUACAGAAAAGGAUCAGCUGCUCUUUCAGGCCCUGUGACAAGACCGAAAUCAUUAUGCAGUUAUAUAAAUUCAUGAUGUGCCUCUAUGCUUAAUAUUAUGUGCAGUUCUAGUUACCACAAACCAAAAAGGAUAUAAUAGAACUAAGUAAGGCAUGGGAUAGGGUGACAGGAUUCAUGAGCUUGGACAGGUUUUAAGUAGGUGUGGAAUGGCUUCCAUACAUGUAAGAGCAGCUAAAUAGACCUCAAAGAGGAUAUAGAGGGGAAGGUAAAAUACAGAAGCAUAGUCUAGGAAGACAUGAACAGUAAGAAGAUAUGAGGAAAAAUGUAUAGCAUUCUCUAAUCAGAAAGUAAAUUAAGAACAAAAGGAAGUACUUUCCUACAAAUAAUGAAACUUAUUGCCCCAGGAUGUUAUGGCGACUGAAGGCAUAAUUGGGUUCAAAAGGAAUUUAUUCAAAUUUAUGGAAAAGAGGUUCAUUGGUAUUAAAUGUUAUUGUUUGGACUCUGCCUCUGGCUCAGGAAAUCACUAAACCACUGAUUGGUUUUUAGAGGCUGCAGAAUGGAAGAUCAUUCUGUACAAGGAUUUGCUUCUUAACGCUCCUUCAUAAGCAACUGUCACGUUUUAUCUAAGCUAGCUAUUUCAGAAUGAUUUCAGAUUUCAAUUUCAAAAAGCUUUUUAUUUCUUUAAAAGCAGAAACAAAAAACUAAAACUGGUAAUGUAAACCUAAUGUUAUUGAGUCAUGCUCAAGUGAUGUGUGCUGUUUGGAUGUCUUAUGCAGGAUGGAGUGAGACCUUGAGACCAAAUGUCUUUAGUACUGAAAUAGUGCAAGAGCAGUAUAGCUACGACUGCUAUGUUGGCUUUGAAUAUUUAUCAUAAUGUUUUAGUGAUAAAUAUUAGUCGAAUAGUACAUUAUGGCCUUUCAAUACAUAAAUCAUAUUUCAUCAACUGAGCUGGAGCUACCAUAACGCUAGUAUUGAAGUGCUAAAUUACAAGCAAUAAUUUUUAUGGCUAGUUCAGAAAUACCAAUAGAAUGUUAUUGCUGAAGCUUUUAAUUUGCAUUUAUUUGUAGUAGCGGUGUCAUGUUUGAUUCAGCUUUUUGGUGAAAGAGAAAAGUAAGAAAUCACUAAUUUUAUAAUCCAUAUUAUAAAAUGCUGCAGAUUAGUAGGAGCUGUGAUAUUGGCAAGAAUGAUGGCCACUCUGCUAUAUUGGACCUGAAAUUCCUGUCAAUCACUUUCCAUUGCUUUAUUUGCCAUUUUUGGAUUGUUUUUGAAGAUGGGCAAGGUUUGUGCCAUUUUUGGAGGAUCACGAGGAAUAGGAAAAGCUGUUGCAGAAUUACUGGCACAGAAAGGCUGCCGCCUGGCGAUUAUUGCUAGAAAUCUGGAGGUAGCCCAAGCCACUGCACAUCAUCUUGGAGCAGGGCAUCUGGCGCUUAGCUGUGAUGUAUCCAGAGAACAAGAUGUCCAGAAUACUUUUGAAGAGAUGCAGAGGAAUUUAGGUCCUAUUAAUUACUUGGUUAAUGCAGCUGGGAUCAACAGGGAUGGCUUGUUACUGAGAACCAAGACGGAAGAUAUGAUAUCUCAGCUUCACACUAACCUUCUGGGAACAAUGUUGACCUGUAAAGCUGCUGUGAAAAGUAUGAUUCAACAACAGGGAGGUGCUAUUGUUAACGUAGGAAGUAUUGUAGGACUUAAAGGCAACUCUGGUCAAAGCGUGUACAGUGCUAGCAAAGCAGGAUUAGUUGGAUUUUCACGCUCUCUUGCUAAAGAAGUAGGAAGAAAGAAAAUUCGAGUGAAUGUGGUUGCUCCAGGCUUUGUUCACACAGAGAUGACCGCUCAUUUGGAAGAAGAUCAGUUGAAGAAAACAAUUCCUCUUGGAAGAUUUGGACAGCCUCAUGAAGUUGCACAAGCGGUUGUCUUUCUGCUAGAAUCUCCUUAUGUUACAGGGAGUAUUCUAAUUGUAGAUGGAGGCUUGCAGCUUCUGACUUAAAUGCUACAUUGAAUACCAAACUUAAAUGUCACAAUGGUACUUAUACACUAAUCAAAGGGAGGGGACAAAAAGCUUAGUUGAAGAUUGACGUUCAUAAUGGAAUUGAUACACUCUAGUCAGAGUAGUACUUCGUAAGUAAUAAAGUGCAGCAUAUAUGUUUAAUUACCUGAAAAAAUCCAUAUGAUAUUAUGAAGUCUGUGUAUGUAACAUAAAAUUUUAAAAAAGAUCUGGUUUGGAAUGAUGAUAAUUUUGAAUAGUAUAUUGAUAUAUCUUAAGAGCACUAUAUUUUUAUAAAGUCAUGUUUUCCAGUUUGGGAUAGCGUGGAAAUUAUAUUCUCAAUCAUUAUGUUACACAAUUAUAAAUAAAAUGUGGAGGCAUGUUUAUUGGUUGGCAGUUACGAUUGCAUCAGGUUUUUCAGGUAGGGAGAAGAUUGUGAACUGUUUAAUUUUUUAUUCUUAUCAAUCCCUAGAAAAUGCUUUUCUUUGUUUUUUGUUUGUUUGUAGCUGAAAUUACAAAGCUAGAAGCUUCUAGAUCCUCCAGCAUACCUGAAUUGUCUUUAGGAGAUUUAAUGAUAUGUGAUGCACUUUUAUAAAGAGGAAAAACUGCUCAGUUCUAUUCUUAAAUAUGCAUACAGCACUCAUUUAUUUCAGCAGCACUUGAGCAUAUAUUGAGGGACUCCUGAUUGGUCAUUGGAGAUGCUAAUUUUGUAAAAUUCUGAGUUUGAACUGAAAAUACACUGUGAACAGUACAGUUGCAGGCCUUCUACAUAAAAGGUGUAAAAGUAGCUGUGCCUUUUCACUGACUUGAAACAUAGGUAGAAACAAAUAACACUUCCAAAGUGUGAAGUCCAGUGUAUUGCUGUAUACUUGAAAACUCAGUUCAACUAUGUUAUGCUGAUGUUCUUUAGUAUGUAUGUACAAUCGAUAAAAUAGCCAUGUAUCUUAUUCGAAGCAGCUUUUGAAGCAGAAUAAUUAUUCAGCUGUAGACAUU